AUGCGGGAGGCGGGAGAGCAUCCCGCGGCCAGCUCCCUCGUGGCUCUGACCCGGCGACCGCUGCUAAAAUGCUCCCCCUCCCCGCGCCGGGAUGCAGCCAGUCGUUCUUGCGUUUGUGGGGGAAGGCCGGCGGUAGGGUUCCCCGGAGAGGCUGGAGCGGGGCUGACACUGUCUGGGAGGCGGUGGGGGAAGCCCCCCGGAGUCCCGUUGGGCAAUGAGGCCACGCUGCUGGCUGCCUGUCCUUCCCCCGCCCGCCGCAGCUGCUCCCGCCAUCCCUCCCUCCCUGCCUGCCUCCCGCCCAUCCGCGCCUGUCGCCUCCCGCUCUCACCCAGCUCUCCCGGCGCGGGGUCCCUUCUCCCUGGCACUGCCUGGCCGGGAAAGGAGCCUGACUCAUUCCGGCUGGGAGUCGGCAGAUGCCGGAGGGAGCAGUGUCAUCCCGUCGCCCUGCACCCGUGGAAGAAGGGCAACGCUGCUCCGGACUCACUGUGCACCUGGCUGGCCAGGGGUUUUUGGCAAAGCAGAUCGGCUGCUCCUGCCAUGCCCCACUUCUUGGAUUGGUUUGUGCCUGUGUAUCUGAUGAUCUCUAUUCUCAUCCUGGUGGGCUUUGGAGCUUGCAUUUACUACUUUGAACCAGGACUCCAGGAAGCUCAUAAGUGGCGAACACAGAGACCAAUCAUGGAGCGAGACCUUCGGAAGACACUGAUGAUUCGGGACAACCUGGCCUUUGGGGUGCCUGAGGUCUGACAGGCUGCCCCUUGCAGCCAGAGGAAUCUCUCCUGGGUAGGCAGCAGACCACAAGCCUCCCUAGGGAUGGUAGUCCUGUCCUGAUAAAAGUGGGGCUGGUCUUCACUUUGCUCUCUGCUGGUCUGGGUCUCAUACUCAUCACUCACCAUUCUGCCCCUUUGCUUCUUAGUCAAGAUUUGUUUGGCUGGGCUUCCCAUGUGCUCACAGCUCUUCAGCCAGCCAAGGACUUCGGCUCCUUCCUGUGGCCAAGACUGAUGAGCCACUCAAAUGAAAUAUCCCUUGCUAAUCACCUGAGUUUGAGCUGCCAGGCAUCUUGACAGGAUCUUCAGUAGGAAAGGUACCAGGUUUUGCAAAAGGAUGCAGAACCUUGUACUCCUAUUCCCUAGGUUAAAUCUAACACAGUCUGUCUACAGGGGUAUUUUGGAGAAAAUAAAUUGGGUUUCAAUACACACUGUUGCUUCAGCUGAGCUCUUCCCAGCACCCACUCUUGAUGGUAGAAUGGUGAGCUUGCUGAAGCUCUGUGCAGAGGGACCAAGGGCUCAGUGAGCCUCAGAGACUGAAUGCCUUUAUCCUUGCAAAAUGCACACCCCUGCUGUGUCUGUUUGGGAGAUGGAGGGCAUCCAUCCCUACAUCCAUUCCAGAUGCACCACACUGAAAUUAAAGGUCUUUUUUAAAGAG